AUGAAAUUAAAAACCAUUUUUGUUAAUUUAAUCAUUGUUGGUUAUUAUUAUUCUUGUUUAAUUUAUGGUUUGGAGGUUAAAAUCGAUGACGAAGAAGUUCCUUAUCCAGCUCAGAAAUUGAAAUCACAUUUAAGGAAAUACGUCCCUUCUAAACUACUUGAAAAGAAUGAUGGUCAUCAUUUAGUUAUUCCUGUGAAAGGUGGAUAUACUAUUGAAGAAUCAAUUUUAAAUAAAGAAAAGAAUCUGAAACUGCAAGCUAAAUUUAUGACGGGUGAAUCAAGAAUUUAUUCAAGUUUAACUAAAUUAAGAAAUAAUAUUUCUAAUAAGUUAUUUAGUAAGUCAGUUGAUGAAGAAAACAAUAAUAAUAGUAAUAAUAAUAAAGAAGGUGAUGAUGAUGAUGCUAAAGGAACGAAUGAAAAAGAUGAUUUUGAAAAUUCAGAAUUUAUUCCAACAACAAUUUCCACAUUUAUGAUGGUGAUCCCUCCAACUUCAACUGUUUCUAUUGAACAACCUAUCGCCACUAAAUUAUCAUCAAAAAAGUAUUGGGUUAAAGAAUUCUUAAAGUUCAAACAUAAUAAUGUUAAUAAACAAGAAGAAGAAUUGAUUCUUAAUCAACAAUCAUUCCCUGCCCAUCGAAAAUUUAAAUCAAAUAUUCAUAAUUAUCAUGAUACAAUUUCAGAAAAUAAUCCUGAUUUAAAGAAAUGGACAAAAUUAAUUAUUGAACAAGAUAAUUUAGAAUCAAUAGGACAAUUAGAUUCCAAAUAUGAUGAUUAUAAUUAUAAACAAUAUGGUCGUAAACAACCAAAAUCAGCAUAUUCAAAAGGCCAAGGUCAAGAUCAAGACAAUGAUCAUUAUUAUAAUUCUAAUGGACAUUAUUAUCUUUCUAAUAAGAAAGAGAUAGAAUUAGAUGUUGAAGAGUUUAUUAAAUAUUUAAUCAAUUACGAAGGUUUUAAACGAGAAGAUUUAGAAUUUUUAAGAUCAUCUAAUUUAGAUUAUGGAUUAAAAGAAAUUGAAAAGGAAUUAAAUAAAAUUAAAGAUUUAGAAAAGGAAAACCAUAUAAAUAUCAUUGAUAUUGGUGGUGAAGGUCCUGAAGAAUUUAGCAUUUAA